AGCCGUAUUAGGUGUAAUGUAUUUAUAUGGAAUAGGUGUGAAAGAAAAUUGUGAUAAUGCUUUAUUCUGUUUAUCUGAAGCUUCAGCCAGAGGCAGUUUAUAUGCUAAAGCAAAUUUGAUUUACUUUUACUAUCGACGGAAAAUGUUUACGAAUGUAUGUUACUUGGCUAGCAGAAUGGUAACUUGUGACAAUUUUGUGACAACAUCAGAAUGUAUACAAACAUUUCAAUAUCGAGCUAUGUCAAUGGCAUGUUUUCUUUAUGCAUUAUGCUUAAAAAGUGGUAAAGGUGUACAAAAAAAUGAACUAUUAGCUGAUCAGCUAUUCUCUAAGAGUGUUGAAUGGGACCCAUCAUUAGCCGCAAGAUAUGUAAAUUUAGUUAUAGCAGGCGAAUUGUAAAUAUGGAGAUAGAAAACAAACUCUAAGAAUUCAAUCUGAUACUGUCACAAUUUCUUUGAUACACAUCACUCAAUGACUUCAAAUUCAAUAAUUUCCUCCUAUAUAUUUUUACACAUAUUUUUCUUAAUAUUUUAAUUUGUUGGUAUAAACUACUGUUUUUUCUUGUAAACCUUAUACGUUGAUUUAAUAAAUAACCUAUCUUAUU